AAGGAGAGGAGGAGGAGGAGGAGGGAGGACAAGAAGGAAGAGCAGCUUUGCCGGGCGUGGAGUUUUGAAGCCUCCUCUCCCUGCCUCUAUUCCCCUCCCUGCCUCCGAUCCGCGAUGUUACAAAGCCUGUGAGCUGUUCUUUUCCCCUUCGCCUCCUGUCACUUCCUUCCUGGCCGCUUGCAGGACGAGUCCGCUCGCUUACUUUUAUUCCGACCAGGCACUUUCGCCUUCUGCCCGCUCUUCCGCACACCCCUCAUUGGAUUGAUUGUCAAGGUUGUGCUUGUGUGCGGUUCCUGGAGGCUGCAUGUUGAGCCAGGUGGUGAACAUCUUACAAGGCUGGAAGAACUAAAGGCUCUCCCCACCCCUGUCCCCCAACCCUCCUCACAGCGUGUGUCUCUUUCUCUCUCUUGUUCCCCAGAAGGGAAAAUAUCACAAGGACUAGCCUGAGCAUCCAAACGUUUGCAAUGAACGGAUGCAGGGGGCUGUGAAUUGAGUCGUGUAAGUGCUGAAGAAGGAGUCUUGGUUUGAGGAAACAGGAAAGAGGAAGGAAAGAGAAGAACAUACAUAAGUGUAGGAACGAAAGAGAGAAGAAAAACGGGGACUAUGGGGAGAAAAAAGAUUCAGAUCACGAGGAUUAUGGAUGAACGUAACAGGCAGGUGACAUUUACAAAGAGGAAAUUUGGGUUAAUGAAGAAGGCUUACGAGUUGAGUGUUCUGUGUGACUGUGAGAUUGCUCUAAUCAUCUUCAAUAGCACCAACAAACUGUUUCAGUAUGCCAGUACUGAUAUGGACAAGGUGUUGCUGAAGUAUACAGAGUACAAUGAGCCACAUGAAAGCCGAACGAAUUCAGAUAUUGUAGAGACAUUAAGAAAGAAAGGACUUAAUGGCUGUGACAGUCCAGACCCGGAUGCAGACGAUUCAGUAGGUCACAGCCCUGAGUCUGAGGACAAGUACAGGAAAAUUAAUGAAGAUAUUGAUCUAAUGAUCAGCAGGCAAAGAUUAUGUGCUGUUCCACCACCCAACUUUGAGAUGCCAGUUUCUAUCCCAGUGUCCAACCAUAACAGCUUGAUAUACAGCAACCCAGUAAGCUCCCUGGGAAAUCCCAACCUUUUGCCUCUGGCCCACCCUUCCUUACAGCGCAAUAGCAUGUCUCCUGGUGUGACACACCGGCCACCAAGUGCAGGUAACACAGGUGGCCUGAUGGGUGGGGAUCUCACAACCGGUGCAGGCACCAGUGCAGGAAACGGGUAUGGUAACCCCCGAAACUCACCAGGUCUGCUGGUCUCACCUGGGAACUUGAACAAGAAUAUGCAAGCAAAGUCUCCUCCUCCCAUGAACUUGGGAAUGAACAACCGUAAGCCGGAUCUCCGAGUGUUGAUUCCACCUGGCAGCAAGAACGCGAUGCCAUCUGUGUCUGAGGAUGUUGAUCUGCUGUUGAAUCAGAGGAUAAAUAACUCCCAGUCUGCUCAAUCAUUGGCUACCCCAGUGGUUUCCGUGGCAACUCCUACUUUGCCAGGGCAAGGGAUGGGAGGAUACCCAUCAGCCAUUUCUACAACAUAUGGUACCGAAUACUCGCUGAGUAGUGCUGAUCUGUCAUCACUCUCUGGGUUUAAUACAGCCAGUGCUCUCCACCUGGGUUCUGUCACUGGUUGGCAGCAGCAACAUCUACACAAUAUGCCACCAUCUGCCCUCAGUCAAUUGGGAGCUUGCACUAGCACUCAUUUAUCUCAGAAUACAAAUCUCUCCCUGCCUUCUACUCAAAGCCUCAACAUCAAGUCCGAACCUGUUUCUCCUCCUAGAGACCGUACCACCACACCCUCGAGAUAUCCACAACACACGCGCCACGAGGCGGGAAGAUCUCCUGUUGACAGCUUGAGCAGUUGUAGUAGUUCGUAUGAUGGAAGCGACAGAGAGGAUCACCGGAAUGAAUUCCACUCUCCCAUUGGACUCACCAGACCUUCGCCGGACGAAAGGGAAAGUCCCUCUGUGAAGCGGAUGCGUCUCUCUGAAGGAUGGGCAACAUGAUAACAUUAUUAGCUAUUAGGGUUUUUUUUCCUUGCAGUGUGUGUGCGUGUGUGUGUGCUAUACCUUAAUGGGGAAGAGGGCGGGAGGGAGGGGUUGAUAUGCAUUUAUGUGCUGUGUGUGGGGGGGGAGGGGAAAGUCAGGUACUCUGUUUUGUAAAAGUACUUUUAAAUUGCCUCAGUGAUACCAUAUUAAGGAUAAACAGCAAUGCUGAGAUAAGCUUCGCACUUGAGUUGUACAACAGAACAUGUGUACAAAAUAGAUUUUAAGGUUAACUUCUUUUCACUGUUGUGCUCCCUUGCAAAUUGUAUGUUACAAUAGAUAGUGUCAUGUUGCAGGUUCAACGUUAUUUACAUGUAAAUAGACAAAAAGGAAGCAUUUGCCCACUGUGGCAAAUCUUUACUGAGAGAGAAAGCAGCUGUUAUGCAACAUAUAGAAAAUGUACAGAUGUUUUGGGAGACCCAGAUAUUGGAUGACCAAGAAAAAAAGGUUCAAAAAUUUAGGUCACCCAAUAUAUCCGAAAUGUUCACAAAUGCCUAGGCAUAUCAUUGGAGUAUGGCACUCAGUUAAACAGAUCAAAAACAUUUAAAAGAGGACCAUACUUGUAAAAAAAACUUUUUUUAUUUGAGGGCUAACCUAUUUAAUUUUUAAAAUUCUGGGUCCGCAUCACUUAUUAAAUAAAAAAUAUAAAAAUAUGUAAAUUACAUUUUCCUUAUUUUCAUAUUAAAAAUUAAGACAGAGUUUGCAAAGCAUUGUGGCUUUUUGUAGUCUAAUUAAGCCAAAAUGUGUUCUUUUCCCCUCCAUAGCUUCGCCAAUAUUUUAAACAGCCCUGAAAAAAACAAAAGGGGACUUUUUUGUAUAAAAAGCACUACCCUAAGCCAUGAAGAACUCCAUGCUUUGCUAACCAAGAUAACUGUUUUCUCUUUGCAGAAGUUUUGUUUUUGAAAUGUGUAUUUCUAAUUAUAUAAAAUAUUAAGAAUCUUUUAAAAAUCUGUGAAAUUAACAUGCUUGUGUAUAGCUUUCUAAUAUAUAUAAUAAUUAUGGUAAUAGCAGAAGUUUUUUGUUAUCUUAAUAGUGGGGGAAUUAUAUUUGUGCCGUUGCACAUUUAAGGGUUUUUUCUUUUUUUUCCUUUUAACCUGCAUACAUUUUACAGAAUUAGUCAGUUGUUGAAGGCUAAUCUGCAAAGAUUAAAAUUUUCCCUUCCUAUAGCAGCCCAUUCAUUCUAAUCCAUCGACAAUCAAUUUGGUGACCCAUUGUAUAUACUGAUUAGUUCUGGCGUAAUGGUCAAUUCAUUUGACUGAGGCCUCCUUCUUACUUCGUUUAUAUCUUGAGUAUCUUGUGGCUUUCUGCUGGUUUAAAUCAUAACAUGACUUUGUACUCAUUCCAUAAAUUCAAUAGAAUUGACAUCCUUUCCUUAUUUGCUCUGAUGUGCACCUGGAAGAGGUUCUGUAUUUCCAAAUGUAUGGGAGUACAGAAUGAAGAUAAAAGUGAAGAUAAAAGUUUAGUGAAGAGUUACCCAAACACUCCCAAAUCAAAUCCUGUUUACCCCCACGAGACAGUAUGAUGCCUCAGAGAUGUAGGUGAGUUCAUAUUCAAAUAUGGAGAAUCAGUAUAUUUGAUUUGAAAAAAUAAUAUAGUCAAAGCCAUCAUUUCUGAAGCUCAGGGUAAUUAUAAGUUUCAGGUUGUUGCAGCCUCAAGGUUCAUUCACAUGAAUGUAUAUAUAUAUAUACAUAUAUAUCUCACUUGCAGUACAAUCCUAUGUAUUCUCGUGCCAGACAAAACUAAGUAGAUUCAGUGGGCUUAGACCAGUUGGCUUUGACUCUUCAUAGGACUGCACUAUUAGUCACUCACAAAAUGUUGAAUAGUCAAGUGAUUAUUGAUUCUUAAUUGUGAGAACCAUUUACAUUGAAAGAUAUUAUGCUUGACUUGACAUCUGUGGUUAAUCAUCAGUAAACAAUAAGUGAUAAUAUGCUUAUAUGCCAUGCCCAUCUAGGACAUUAUAGGAGCUAAACUCUACUACUUUCUUGAAGCAGUUUUGAAAAAUUCUACUCAUAAUAAAAUAUACGAAUCCUAGCUAGAUGUUUCUCUUGUCUAACCCUCUUACAGUGUCCUUAAAACUUAGUGAAUGAGAUUGUCAUCGUUUUAGUAGACCAUCAUGUUUUAUUACCAUUCAGAAGGAACAUAGUUGGAAUGUUGGUCCUGUGAAACUUCCAACCAGGAGAGUCAUUUUGAGCAAAGGAAAAAAAAUGAACCACAAGGAAAGGAUUAAACAAUUCCUCCCUACCCAUGUUUUUCCAUUCUGCAUGGUAGAUUCUUGCUUUUCCUUUUUUUUAAAAAAAAAAAGCAGUAGAAACAUCUAGUUAAGCCUUUUGUAGUCACAAUAUCAGUUUGGUAAAAGCAACAUUGCAAGAAAGACAAAAACUUUAAUCUUCAGUGCAUUUUCCCCUUCAUGGAGAAUUUAAAGAUGAGAUCAGCGGGGUAAUUUAAAUAAAAACGAAAGAGGUUGAGGUUCAAUUGUUAUUCCCUAACUCUAAAUAUAUGAGGUCUCUCUUUUAUGAGUGAUGGUGAUUCACUCAUACCUGCAGUACAUCUUCACAUGCUUAGUCUCUGGUACUGAAAAGUCCUGGGACUCAACCCUCAUCAUGCAUAUCUCAUAUUAAGCUGUACUUGUUGUACAGUAUAUUUUUGUGAGGUAUAUGAAAUCUGAGUAAUUCUUCUACAGCAGGGGUGUCCAACUUUGGCCCUCCAGAUGUUCAUGGACUACGGUUCCCAUUUCCUGAAAUGAGUCUCCUUCUCGUUUGGAGUUAUUGCAACUAUAAAGAAGUAUGAGAAGUCUACAGUUAUGGGAUAACCUGUUUUUUAUUGCCCAUCAAUACAGGUGAGCAAUAGUUUUCCAGAGUUGCAAACAGGAAUUAAACUAUACAGUUUCUUCAUCACUUGUAAUCUGAAAUUGGAUGAAGUGAAUGUAUACUGGCAUGUUUAGUUUAGGUUGUGAACUAUACCAAGAGUUUUCUUGAGGUUAUAAGGUUUUCAUCAGUGUAACACCCAGCCAUCAAUAACUAGUAGGGCUAAUGUAGGUGAAGCUUAUUGCAUUUCUCUCAUCAUUCUUAUGUCAUGAUACAUACCUGCAAGUACCCAAUUGCACUGGCAUUACAAACUAACAUUCCCAGCAUCUGUUUGUGAUGUUGGGCUGGUUCAACAGUGGCUUUGUCUCAUCCUAAGUUUUUAUUGGCUGGAACAGCAAAUCUUAGGAGCAUGCUGAGACAAGGACAUUGUCACCUAUAUUUCUGGUAUAGAAAAUUCUGAUAAUGCAUUUGAACAUGAUUUGUAAAAGAUACACAUGCAUUAAAAGACAGUGAGAAUGGGGCCAAUCAUUAAUUUUUAAAACCCAAAUGGGGUUUUCAAGAAUAGUUCCCUAACAUUAACACAUACCAAUAUCCAGUCUCCACCUGAGAGUUUUCAAUUUAAUGAAAUAUGCAAAUAUGUCACAAUUGCAUCUGUUCAUUUUUUUUUAAAUCAAAAGAAACCAUCCUUGGUUUAUCAUUACUGUUAGGUAAUAUAUCAGUAGAGCUGGUGUGGUCCAGUCUUCUGAGUUAGAACAAUAGCCAUAUGAAUAUUUUGCCUUGCAGGUUGCCUGAACUACACAAGAAAAAAUAGAAACUUGAGCUAUUGAGGGAGAGUAGAGACUUAAAGAUAGUUGGCCCAUUGCACCUGUUUGCAGAAAGGCUUGCUGGAGCAAGCUCAUACAACUGGACUAGGCAAUCUGUCACUGUUAUGACCUCGAUUUCUGAACAGCCACAGAACUUAAUCAUGUGUCAAUGGACACUAAUUUCCCUCUUCUUUCUGCUACCAAGCUAUCUCAAGUAUUAGGGGGCAAGGAAGUGAAAGUUAAUUCAUACUUGUAAAUGGAGUUAAUUAAUAAAAGAAGCACAACUUUUCAUUGUGAUGUUGCUUUCUAGAAAUUCUAGCUGUCUAUCUUUAGGUGUUCCCUCUUCCUGUACCUUAACCAUCUAUUGCAUUUGCAAAAGCUACUUUUGGGCUUACUGUGUGAUUUCUUUUAUAUUUAAACAGUUUGGGGCAGCGCCCCAAAAGAGUAUUCACAUUAAUGUUGGUCCAGGCAGUACAAUGUGAUGUGAGAUACCUUCAGAGCUAUCUCCUUCCUUAUUUGUUGCUGAUCCUUCGUUGGAAAGGCAUCAUUGAUGAAAUUCUAAAUCCCAAUUGCUGGUGGCGAUACGAUAUUCACAAUCUGCACAAAUUUGUAUAUUGUAUGCAUGGAUGCCUUUCCCGGAGAAGUUUUUUGACUCAUUUCAGUGUUUUUUCAAAGUUGUUUUUUGUAACCAAAUUGUUUCUAUUUUCCCUGGAAGUGGAAUUUAAGAAUUUUUAAUGAUUAUUAUAAAGAUAUCUGCUGUUUCUCAGAGCUUUUUUCAGGUAAAGCUGAAAGUAAGAAUAAAACAACUACUACGCUGUUUUCAAGGAUGUCACAAACCCUUCUUUAUUGUUUCCUUUUGUCGUUGCCUAUAUACCCAUCAUCUUAGUAGACAUAACAAUGUGAUUUUGGGUUUUUUCUCUCCUUCCCCCAGAAGGCAAAUGCUUUGUCAUUUUUUUCCUUAAAAAAGCACUUGAAACCUCAAUAAAGGCUAUUGCCUAAACACAGUGUACUUCAUUUGCUCCAGUUUUAUGCCAUCUGCAGUGACAUCUUGACUUCUGUGGCCUCCAUUUGCUGCCAUCACACAUCUCUUGGAAGGACUGAUGGAACAAUGGUGUCAGUUGAGAAUGGUUCACUGUCAACAUAAUAACAAGCUUUUGUGGAUAUAUUUUAACCAAAGAUGUGCAGCACUCCAUGUGUUAUCUACUUUUUGUGUCAAAUUCCCUGCUUGAUUAUCAUCAUAACCAGGUAGUUUGGCUUUACUAGGCCCAUUCAUACAUCCAACUGACCCAUACCUCAAUUUGAUUCAGAAAAAAUCAGCUCAAUGAUGUAUAAAACCAGUGGCAUCAUGGUCCUGUGUGUAGUCACUGUUGUAGGCCAACAUUACAUCACAAGGCAUUUGAAUUAGAUUGUUGCAGAUGAUUUGCUUCUAUUACAAUUGUUUCCUGGGGAUUUCUUUCCAUUCAAUCAGUGAUAAUUAAAAACCAUCCUGUAAAUGGGGGCAUAAAAGCAUUUUGCAAGGAAUAUUACACUUAAAGGCUUACAGUGGCAUAAGCUGGACUUUGUCGCCGCUAGAUGAUGAAACAUUAUAACUAAGUUAAAACCACAUCUGUGUAUCUCAAGGAACAAUUCAGCUGUCUGUAGUGAACAAAAAAAGGAAAAUUUCAAAUGUUUCUCCUGCUGAAAAUAAGGUAUAAUUUGUAUUUUGCAGCCAAAUCAGUAAAGUUACUGGCUUUCUUAGUGACACA